AUGGAUUCUUCUUUUAUCGUUACAGAGCAUGUCAUCCAGGCCCAAUAUAUCCGGGAGUACCCCAGAACAACAUAUCCCCAGGAUGCCCCAGUGAAGAUUAGUAUCAAGAAAUAUACCCCCAAAACAAAUCAAAACCCGCAAGAGGGCGAUAUAACCAUAAUCGGGGCGCAUGGCGUUGGGUUUCUCAAAGAACUAUAUGAGCCAUUAUGGGAAGAGCUUUUGGCUAGGAGCAAGCAGGAUGGUUUCCGUAUCAGAGCAAUCUGGAUAGCCGAUUGUGCCAAUCAAGGAGCCAGUGGGGUUCAGAACGAAAACAUCAUGGGCAAUGAAACGUCAUGGUUUGAUCACGCCCGUGACCUUUUGCAUAUGAUCAACCACUUUCGAGAGGAUAUGCCACGGCCGAUCAUGGGUGUAGGACAUAGCGCCGGGGGAUCGCAGCUAAUACUUUUAUCACUAAUGCACCCUCGCUUGUUCUCAUCAUUAACGCUAUUGGACCCCUACCUGAUCCCCGAUAACCGGGAUGCCAAUGCUCUGACUCUGGUCUACCUGACAGUAACGCGAAGGGACAUCUGGUCCUCUCGGAAAGAAGCAGAAAAGUUUAUACGCAGAGCUCUACGCAGCUGGGAUCCACGUGUGCUCGACUGCUGGGCCCGUUAUGGUUUCCGCAAUCUACCAACUGCGAUACAUCCCGACGCCAACAAGGAUAAGGGGGAUAAUGAGGUCCCAGUGACACUAACCACCACAAAACAUCAAGAAGCAUUUACACUUGCUCGUGCGAACUUAGAAGGGCACACACAGCUGGGCUCGUCUGAGAGUGAGACAGCAGCUAGCCUUGAGAGGGUGGGCAAAGCCCAUGAUGCACUUUUUCUACCUGACAUUCUCGGGCCUCUCUUGGAUGGACAGAAGUUUUACCGCCCAGAAUCUGUCCUUGCAUACCGUCUGCUACCCCACCUUCGACCCGGGGCUCUAUUCGUCAGUGGUGCUGAAAGUGGCCUAUACGAAAAAGGACAUCAUAGCGAAGCCGUCAAAAUGGCAGGCGCCGGAUUUUCUGGUAGUGGCGGCCAACAGUAUUCUCGUGUAAAACAUAUCGUCAUGGACAAAGGGCAUCACACAUUCCCAAUGGAAAUGGUGACCCAAACGGCAAGCUGUAUCGGGCCGUGGAUUGCGGCGGAAGGUGAGCGUUGGCGCAUGGAUGAAGAAAGAAUUGCCGCCGGGUGGGAAGGACUACCUGUUAAGGAAAAGUCCACCAUCCCGGAGGACUGGAAGGCGCCACUGAGUAUCUGGAAACCCGUUGAUAAACGACUCGCAAAACUAUAA